AUCAAACUGUACUUACUGCGGAGGAGAUAUAGAGGACAAUUAUCCUCCAGUAGGUGUUGUUCUAGCUGUUCUUUUAUUCCCAUUUGGUAUUAUUGCCUGUUGCAUGCUCAAAGAAAAACAGUGUGUAAAGUGUAACAGAAGUUUCGGUUAAACCCCAAAGAUUUGGGCGUCUUAAAAAAGUGAGAAAUAAAAAUCUUGUUUUGUUCUAAAUCCAAAGUUCCGGCAUGGAUUUCUAUAAAGUUUAUUAUAUAUAAUUGUAUUUAAAUUUAAAAGUAAAUUAUUUAAACUUUGUAACUUGCAAAAUUUGAUUAAACUUUUAAACUACUUUGCUUAAUCGCUUGAACCCUUUCAAAAUGAUUUUUUCAAACCUUUAAAAGAUUAAAAGAUUUUCAUUCACAUUUAUUAUUAUGUCUAUCUCAAAAAUGAAAUUCUUCUCGUGCUAGAUUUUUGCUCAUUUCUUAAUUUCUUUUUUCAAAUUCGAAUCUAGUGGGGUUCUCCCUUUUUUUUGUGUUUAACAACAAGGUAAUAAAGAGCUGUAUUUGUAAGCCAAAAAAAUUGUCAACACUUGUUCUCUGUAAACGAUGCUCAUCCUAAUUAUAGUUAAAACUCAACAUAUGAAUUGAGAAACGGCGCUAUCUGCCUAAAGUAUUCUUGCGAAUAUUUAUGGCGUAAACUAAGGAGAAGUACAAAUUAUUGUACUAAUUUCAAUAGCAUUGUUCUCAGUAAAUUCGUAUUCUUUUCAAAUUUGACAUUGUUUGUAUUUAAUCUCAUCCGUAGUAAUUUCUUAAAUAAUUUAAAUCUUCUGUUCUAUACAGAAAAUAUGUAAGCUGUUUUUUUACAAAAGAAUUCAGAUGUUUAUCUUCUUUAAAAAAGUCAGCUGCCACAAUCUUAGAAAAAUCAGCUGCUUCAAUUUUAGAAAAAAAAACAUUUGUUUUCUAAAAAGAAUUUGAGCCAUUUUACUCAUGAAAAAAAAACAUCUUUUCCAUUAAAACAGCUCUAGAACAAUCUGAUUUAUAUAUUGUAUGCUGUACUAUUUAAUUUUAAAGCAAUAUCGUAAAAAUAAAUUUAUUUGCUAACUU